AUUGUUCCAUGCAGGAAUUUUGAUUUUGAGGAAACCAAAUUUUUUUUUUGGUUUAUUUACUUUUCAUUAAAAGCUAUUGGGAAACUAUUGCAGCCAACUAAGGUAUUUGAUGAUAAUGUCGAACCACGAAGUAAUAGAGUUAUUGGAUGACUACAGUCCCAUGAAGCCAAUUAAUAGAGGCCAAAGAAACGAAACUGUAAUAGAAAUCCUAUCAGACGAUGAAUUGGAUCAUGAUGUAUUUGUCGAUGCCCUAAAUGAAGAUCAGUAUGUUGAUGCUGAACUUGAAGAGAUAUUAGGAAGUAAAGGAGUUAGUAGCGAUAAAGCAAACUCGACAAAAGUUAGCAGUGUAAAGAAAGGUCCAGUUCCUGAAUCACGAAAGCUUUUUAUUUCACUGUCACCUAUAGCAAAAUCAAUAGAAAAUGAUAGUAUAGUGGAUUCAACAUUCUCAUUCCUGAAAACUCAUGCUCCAGAAGUAAAGAUGGCGAGCACCUCAAUCCUAGAUAUAGAUCAUUGGAUUUCUGAUAGUGACAGUGACAAUGAUUCUUCCAAACCAACCAAAGCUGUCAGAUCUUCUACUAUGCCUGUUACAGCCAAUACUGGUUUCCAGAAAGUUAAUGUGGUAGUGGAUGACAUAUUAGAUACUUUAAGUCCUAUUUCAUCUUCUCAGCCGAUUCCUUCAAGUGCAUCGAAAAGACCAAAGGUUAACAUGGAAACACCACAGAGGAUAGUAUCAGCUACUUCUAAAUUUUCAAUAAUUCCAAGUCCGUUACCUCCAAUACCGAGGGUAAGCAAGCCAAAGAAUCAAGUCACAGUACCACCAACUCAGUCUUCACAACAGUUUGAAUUUAUAAUUGAAAACCAAUCACAAUUACAACCCAAACCUAAAGCAAAGCCAAGGGCAAAACCAAAACAGACUGAAGAAAAACAACAGCUUAAUAAAGCUAAUAGAGUCACUAGAAGUAAAGAAGAACUAUUAACUGAAAUGACCCUUGUUUUAUCAUCCACAAUAAUUCCCAAAUUCAAACUUGAAAUAUUGACUUCCACAUUAUACCCAAGUAAAUAUGAGACUUCAUUUGAAGAUUUACCAGUUGUAUAUUGGAAGAGAAGAGUGAAGGCCACUUAUGAUAAGGAAAAUGAUAUCUUCAGACCAUGUGAGGAGAAAGAUAUUGUUGAAAAGAAUAUAGUGUUGUAUUAUCUGGCGGAAGAGUUUUUCAGAAAGGUUCAAGAGAAUACAUUAAAGCAUGUUAUAAAUCAGGCCAAAGUGUUUUAUAAUUCAUUACUUCCAGUUCAUGAAGAUUGUGUGAUAACGAUUUUAAUCGAAGGUCUUGAACUAUUUAUUAAUAAGAUAAAGAACAAGGAACAAAAGGAAUAUAAAGAAUCAGUAAUCCAACGAAUGAAUCCAGAUGAUAUACCUCGAUCACAACCUAAAAAGAGAAAAGCUGAUGCUAUGGAUGAUAUUACAAUGUCUUCUAAAUCUGUUGAGUUUAUAUUACAAAAGGCACAAGUUGAACUUAAAAUUGUGACCUUCCCCGUUAGAAAUGCAUCUGAGGGGAUAAUGUGGUUACAGUCAUUCACCUAUACUAUAGCCCAAGCGCUUUAUGAUAAAUUUGAGAGAAAUUCAAGUUUAGCCAAUUUACCCACCAUUAAAUCUGGUAAAGAUACCAAAUCAACGUUUAUGCAAAGUAUCCAACAAUUUAAAUUCAUGACAGAAUCAAAGACGGAGAGAUUAUUUAUGUUUUUCCCAUCGCUUAAAGCUAUACAUGAUAGAUUUGUAUCCAAUGGAUCAAUAGGUAAGGAUUCCACAGGUAGGAAUAUUAUUCCACCAUCUACAGAUGUUGCCAUGAAGAAUUUCUUUAUGGCUAAAGAUCCAAAUACAGCUAUUAAUGAAUCGAUUUGAAUAAAUAUUAAUUAGACGACAAAACUAAAAAUCUAUAAAAGAAUGUAUAUAUAUAUAUAAUGAUGAAUGAUUAAUUUAAAACUUUCUUAGCAGCAUCGUAAUCAUCAACAGAUAAAGUAUCCUUUAAAUGAUGAACAUUUUCUAAACCUUGAGAUAAAUCAGCAAUUUCAGUAGAAGUGAAUUCAAAUCCUUCACCGGCUAAUUGGGAUACGAUAUUCAAAGCUUUAUCU